GCAGAGCAGACAGAUCAGGGGGACAUUCUGGACCACGAUGAACACGUGAAGUAGUUUUAUUUUAUAAAGAAAAGCUGCAGCCAUGGAGUUAUUCAAGCAGCAGGAUGUGGAGGAUUUCUAUGAGGUUGGAGAAGAACUGGGCAGCGGCCAGUUUGCCAUCGUGAAGCAAUGCAGAGAGAGAAGCUCGGGUCUGGACUACGCCGCCAAGUUCAUCAAGAAGCGGCAGAGCCUGGCGAGUUCCCGGGGAGUCCGGCGGGAGGACAUCGAGCGGGAAGUGACCAUCCUGCAGCAGGUCCAGCAUCCCAACAUCGUCACUCUGCACGACGUCUACGAGAACCGCACCGACGUGGUGCUCAUCCUGGAGCUGGUCUCUGGCGGUGAGCUCUUUGACUUCCUGGCCCAGAAGGAGUCUCUGACAGAGGAGGAGGCCACUCAGUUCAUCCAGCAGAUCCUGGAAGGAGUGAACUACCUCCACACCAGGAAGAUCGGCCACUUUGACCUGAAGCCAGAAAACAUAAUGCUGCUGGAUAAGAACGUGGCGCUGCCCAGGAUCAAGCUCAUUGACUUCGGCCUCGCCCACACCAUCGAAGCUGGGGUCGAGUUCAAGAACAUCUUGGGAACGCCGGAGUUCGUAGCUCCAGAGAUCGUGAACUACGAGCCGCUGGGGCUGGAGGCGGAUAUGUGGAGCGUCGGCGUGAUCACCUACAUCCUGCUGAGCGGGGCGUCUCCGUUCCUGGGGGAGACCAAGCAGGACACGCUGGGGAACAUCUCCGCUGUGAACUACGAGUUCGAUGAGGAGUUCUUCGGUCACACCAGUGACCUGGCCAAGAAGUUCAUCAGCCAGCUGCUGGAGAAAGACAAGAGGAAGAGGUUAACAAUUCAGGAUGCUCUCAACCACCCGUGGAUUAAGUCCAACGAGCUCAAAGAGGAGAAUAAAACCCAAGAGCCAAAGAAACGGGAACGCCGCCAGCUGAAGACCAAACGUCUGAGGGAAUACACCAUCAAGUGCCACUCCAGCAUGCCGCCCAACAACACCUACGUGAACUUUGAGCGCUUUGCUCAGGUGGUGGAGGACAUCGAUCAGAUGGAGGGCUCGUUCGUCAGCCUGGCAGCGGCCCACGACUCCCUGCAGGAGGACAUCGACGCCUUGGUCUCCAUAUACAACGAGAAGGAGGCCUGGUACAAGGAGGAGAGCGAGGCCGUGCGGCACGAGCUCUCCCAGAUCCGCUACGAGUUCCGGAAGGUGGAGGCGUCCAAGAGGAGCCUGCAGGACGACAUGCAGACCUUCAGCUGCGGCCUGGCCGCCGUCAGCGAGCGCUUCCAGGAGAGGCAGGGCCACUUCGAUGCCCUGCAGCUGGAGCUCAGCAAUGAGCUGAAGUGGGUGCAGGAGGCGGUGGGCUCCCUCCAAGCAAACGGAGGAGGUGGAGGCUACCCCUCCUGCAGCUUCACCACCGUCUUCAACAAUGACGUGAACGAAGCUCUCAAGGAGCUGCUCAGCCGCUCCUGUGGAGGAGAACUGCUGUCCGGAAUCAACCUGGACCUCACCGAGACCGGGCAGCAGCGCUAAAAACACCGAUCCGGGUCUGGGAGGAGGUGUGGGAGGAAGUCCGGUCUGGGAGGAGGUUGGGUCCAGAGUCCUUCCUUCUUUCUUUUUUUUCUUCCUUAUUAUUUUUUAUUGUAUAAUGGACUCAGUGGAUCCAGAACUGUGUGAAGUUGGGUCUGAUUUUGGGUGGAACCUUCAGUGGAACAUGUAGGACCUCUGAUGAUGUGACGCACUUCGGCCUCAUGCUGAGGUUGUGACAUCAUCACGCUCUUGCCGCUCUGCAGCACUCCGGUCCAUCACUUCUGAUCCUGCCUCGCCUCUACUUUCACUAAUGACCACACUAAGAGGCUGCGGCCCGCUGGGCCUUCCUCAGAACCUCUGGGAAUCAGAACCACAGAUCCAAACAGGAUAGCAGACUGUUGGCUAGGCUCAUUCCCAGGAAUGCAGCAGGAAGCAGGCAUGUGCACCGACUGAUGGCACCCUUUGAAUUUCAUUGUCCUUGUGA